GGCAGGUGGAGGCUGCGCAGGCUCACCUGCGGAAUCUUACGCUCGGCCGUUGAACGUCCUAACGGUCGCCCGACCGCGCCGCCAGGGGCCGCUCGGGCCCAGGCCAGCCGUUGUGCCGCGAGUUGGCGCGUGCCUGCUGUCUGGCGUCCACUGCGUCACGCCCGCGAACUGCCCCGGGCGCUACUGUGGUAGCGUCCAUCCACACGCACGUCGUGGAUCUUCCGCGCUUGGGCCGUGGGCCCUGCUGAGGGCUUUGCAUACAGCUUGGCACAUUGCAGGAGCUCAGGCAGCAUUGAUGGCAUUGAAUGGAACAAAAGAGAUACCUACAAAGACUGAAAAUGGUGUUUGGUCUGUGCUGCCAGAGAGAGAGGCUAUACAAGUUGCUGUAUGUAGUACACAUCUUCAUUCUUGCAGGAGUGGUGUACUACUAUUUUCAGGGGUGUGUGGGGAAAACAGCUCCUGACCAUGAGAUUGCUGGGGAAUCAUCACAGCCCUUAGGGGAGACCUUAAGGCCAGUGUGGGGACUGAUGGAUAAAUGCUACCCUGUGACCGCUCAGAGACGCAGAGUCAAGAGUGGGGAGAAGCAAGACUCUGAGGCCAUGACCCCGAAGGCAACAGGAGGACCGAAUGAUGCUGCCCCCAAGGAGGAGGCUGAUAUCUUGUCUUCGGACGAGGGGGAGAUGAGGUCCCCAGGAGAGGAAGCAGGCAGCCCCAUUCCUUCCUCCAUUCCUGCUGGGAAGGAGGUACCUGAGGAGGAGGAGGCGGCAGGGACCCCAGGCUGGGAGGAAAAUAAAAAGGUCCAAAAGGAGAUUGCUGCAUAUACUUCUGAGGCUUCUGAGGUGGACCUAAUGGAGGAGAGGCCUGGGGGCUGGGUCCCCCAGCUCCUGAGGAAGCUCUGGCUGGGCUGGUCCCCAGCCUCUGACAUCCCCAAGACUCAGAGCCACGAAUGACAAAACAUCCAAUAAAUCCAGAGUUGCCGCUUCUGCAGGCCUGGCUGCCUCCUUUCAGGGGCCUCAAGUUUCCACAAACUCAGUGUGGUUUCAUCCACGCUCCCUGUUCCAGUAAGCUGCAGGAACACCACCUCCUGCCACUAAGCCCACGACAGGGGAUAAGCUGGAGACUGAACGGGGCCCUGGCUGGUCUUCUGACUCAGUGCCAAGGGAGAGGCCAAGUUCCCUGAAUGCUAAGAGCUGUGGAGCUCACUGUCAUGAAGGCAAAAGUGGCCUGGCUGGGGGUGGUGCUUCUGCCUUGAGUGUCUGUGGUCCCCAAGCUGUUAACCUAAAUGCACCAGGAAGUCUACUUAUGACUCAGGUAAGCAGACAGUCAUUAGAAGCCCUUGGGUGGUGCCUGUGCGUGCUUAGAGGCCAGAACAAACUGUCGGGGUGGUGGGCACAGGUAGACGGUGGCAGUCCCCGCCCUCAGCUAGGGCUCCAGGCUAAUGAGGUCCCAGCUCCAGAGUCAGAGCAGGAAGACAGGCCCCAGCAGCCAUCUGGUGCAAACUUCUCAUUGGCUGAAGGGGAAUAGAAGCCUGAGGUCACACAGUGUCGCAGCAGAGCGAGGACUAGAGCCAGGGUGUCCUCCUCCCAGCUCCCCACAUGGCCUCCUUCUGUUCUGGCCACCCCAUUGUCACAUGGG